AUGGUAAAUAAAUCAAAAUUUGAUGGCGGUAAUGGUACCGCAACUAAUGGAAACGCACCAUCAUCACGAAAUCACAAGAAAAAAUACAGUAACUGCCGUAAAAAGAGCGUGGCAUCAUCUGUACGCUGUGGGAACUUUGGGAUCGCAAGAAUGGGCGAUGAUGAGAAACAGGUUUCUAGGAUAUUCGAUAAAAUGAAUCAUUUGAAAAAAUUUAGUGCUGAAGAGGAUGAUGAUAGAAAUCUCUUUAUUCAAUGGUCGGAUGACAUAACAGACACUCUAUCUGGAUUAUGGUGGACCGGAACUUUUCUAAAACUUCUAAUAAGCUCUGCAUUAACCGGACGUGCCAAGAAAUGGUUUGAUUCAACUACCGAGGGCAUCGAUGACCAUUCAAUAAGGACUUAUACUUUAGAAAAAUUUCUUGCCUUAUUGUCAGGAGAAUUUGAUGGCAUAAGAGUCUUAAGAAGAGAAAGGUUUGCCGAAUUACUGGAGCUGUCGAUUAACUCUGAGACAUCAUUGGAAAAAUUCGCGAAAAUAUCUGAACUUCUAACUCCUUAUUACCUAUCGUCUAGUGCUGCAUUAGAUUUAUUUCUUACCAAGUUGGAGCCCUGUCUGCAAAAGCAGCUGGGGGAUACUGCAUUCCCAAUGACUUUGGAUAUAGCGUUACUAGUAGCUGCGUGUGAGUUUGCGAAGGGGACAUCUAAAGAAAGAAAUGACGAGCAUGCUGAGAAUGAUAAUAAUAAUAAUAAUAAUAAUAAUAAUAAUAGUAAUAAUAACGGCAAUACCAUAGAUUUAGACCCUAGUGUGCGGAAGAAUAAGAACACUAUUAAAACUAACAAGAAAUGCAAGAACAAACAUAUACAUGAAAAUAUUGAUAAUGCCAUCAAAAAGAGUAAUGGUAAGAAAAAUAGAAAUGAAGAGGGAUUACAGGUGAUUCAUCCUAAACGUCGAAAACAAAAUGAAUCUGGAAAGCAGCUUUCCCUCUCUACGGCUGCACUUGCAGAUAUAGUACCAUUGGAUAAUAGUAUAUCCAACACAAACGCAUCAAAUAAGCAUUUUAAUGUAAGUAAUCCUGUGGAUUCUUAUACGUCUAAAAGGAAUGGAUCUCAAAAUCACCCUAUAAAUGAAAUGCCAACCUUGGACGGUAACAGGUCCUUUCCAAUUACAAUUCCUGCUGCCGCCAACCUCGCAUAUGACAAAGUUGAAAGUAUAAAAAAUGAAACCAAUAUUCAUUAUGAAGCAAUAAAUGACAUCCCAUUGUCGUUGGCCAGUGGUAGUGAUUUUGUGAAAAGAGAUGUAGCAGAAUCCAUGAGCUGGAAAUCCAUUAGAGGCAACGCCGGAGUGCCGGAUUCGAACGCGAAGAGCGAUCUUAGAGGUGAUGAGUCUAAUCGUCAAAUGGCUCGUCGAUCCCAUGCGGCGCACAUUUCUUCACAUUCAAACACACCUGAACCUCGCCAGACAGCAUGGCACGAUCCAAUUGGGACUAACUUUGCUGAGACCAAUAAGAUUGUAGAAAUUACUAACCUAAAUCCAUUUACGAAACACGAAAAUACAAUAGGUUCCGAUAAACCAAAAGGUUCCAACAACCCUAUAACUUCCAUGAAAGUAAAUAAGCCAGGCUAUUUCAUUGAUCUUGAAAAGCCACAAAGUAUGCAUAAUGGUAAUAGGAAUGUAGGGUUGUUAGCACAAAAAAGCUACCCACUUCAUAAUUUUGCAGUGCGUACAAGAAAUGCGCAUUUUAAUGACCGUCCUUCUAACUAUACAUCAGCACAUGGAAACUUGAACGCCAUCCACCCUUUAUCUUUAAGGAUUAAUAAUAUUCAAUGUUUGUCCAGGCCUGGUAUUAGGGAAGCAGAUACUAACAAAGAAGUACAUUCACCCAAGAUGACAGUUCAAGAAAAAGGAACUGUAAAUAGCGCAGUUGCGAAAGAUAAGGAUGGGAGAUCCAACAGUGUGGAAAACCCGUUUCUCGGGAACACGUUGAACGGAACAAAACUAAACAGCUAUUACAUAUGA